AUGUCUCUCCCACAUACCUUUGACGAACCUGUUCCUCUGGCUGUUAUCGGAGGCACCGGGUUGUACAAACUAGACUCCUUGGAGCCUGUUGCUAAACUCACCAUCUCCACGCCUUGGGGCCAACCAUCGUCUCCAAUAACCAUUUCGAAGACAGCGACUGGACUACCGAUUGCCUUUCUUGCCAGACAUGGCCAAACCCAUGACCUGCUACCUACAGAUGUUCCAUCGCAGGCAAAUAUUGCAGCGUUGAAAUCUUUAGGUGUCAAGAUCAUCAUUGCAUUCAGUGCAGUUGGUUCAUUGCAGGAACAUAUUCGUCCUCGUGAUUUUGUUAUUCCGAACCAGGUCAUCGAUAGAACUAAGGGUAUCAGAAAAUCUACCUUUUUCGAAAGAGGUUUUGUUGCACAUGCAGGGUUUGGUGAUCCAUUUGAUAAUAGGAUUGCAAAGAUUAUUGCUGAGACAUGUGAGAAUUGUUUGGUCAAUGAGGACGGUGUAGCGGACAAGAAACAUAGACUCCACUCGAAAUACACCGAUGGAAAGGACUUAACUUUGAUUUGUAUGGAAGGCCCUGCAUUUUCAACUAGGGCAGAAUCGAAAUUGUACAAGUCCUGGGGCGGUUCGGUCAUUAAUAUGUCAUGUAUUCCUGAAUCCAAGCUAGCAAGAGAAGCUGAAAUUUCCUAUCAAAUGAUUUGUAUGUCUACUGACUAUGACGCCUGGAGGGAAGAUGAAGAACCAGUGACUGUGGAGACUGUUGUCGGUAAUCUCAAUGCAAAUUCCAGAAAUGCACACAUCAUUGCCGAAAAAUUGAUUGAAGUCUUGGAGCCAAAGAUUAAGUCAGGUGAAAUCGGCAAUGAUUUGCAAGGUUCUAUGAAAAUGGCCAUUUCCACUGCACCUCAUGGUAGAGACAAGAAGGUUAUGGAAAAAAUGCAUUAUUUGUUCCCAGGCUAUUGGCCCUUGGAUGAAUCUACUAGAUAA